GUUGAGAUUGAAUUGUCCUGAAGCACCCUGCUGGCACUAUUGGCAGGGGAAUUGUUAUUGCAUGGAGAGGAGUCGCACUGGGACUUGGACUGAAGCAUUGAGAUACUGCAAACGAUAUCGAGAUACAGAACUAUUAAAAAUCACUAAUGCGUCAGAAAAGAAAUGGAUUUUAGGGUUGCCUCUGAACAAUUUCUGGAUUGGAUUAAAUAAUUUGGAAAAUGUAACUAAUUUUGCCUGGUCAGAAGGGACAUUGGCAGAUAUAACAGCACCCUGGCUUUGGAUGUCACGGCCAGCCCAACCAAACAAUGCAUAUUGUGUGAAGAUUUCCAGCGGCAUCUUGAUUGCUCUGGACUGUAGUGCCAAGGCCCAUUGGAUCUGCAAGCGAAGUGCAGAUACUGAGCGGUAUCAGGAACACAAAGGAAAGGUACUUCUCUCACCACCAAGUAUUCCAUCACAAGUACAUGCAGAUUUGAAUUCUGCUAAAGAAGCUUGCCUGGAGCUUAGGGAGAAAUGCACAGGAAUUUCUACAUGGAAUAAUGCAUAUGCCCUUGCCAGGGGGACCGUAUUGUUGAAAAGUGAGGAGAGCAAUUCCUAUGCCUAUGUAAAAUCAGUGUUGUAUGAUCAUAUAGCUGAAGACUUUGUGGGAAUGACCAUCCAAACUUUUGUGAGUUUCCUCAGUGAGACUCUGUUGGCCUGA